UCUAUGGAUUCCGAACGUAAACUAAAACGUCUGCCCUUAUCACCAAAAUUUUCAGUACUGCGAAAUAAAAUUCCACACAACACGAGUUAUUUAUAUAAAAAACGUAACGAAGAUGCCGUUAAUACGUUCUGCAAGCUUUAAUUUAUUUAUUGAGAUAGUCGUGCGUGUGGUGUUAUUCUCUACAUUUUGUUACAUGGAGACGAUGCAACCGUUCACGCGAGUGAUUCAGAAGGCUGAGCUGGAGUCGGACUACAUGUACCCUCAUAUGGAGAGCUACGUUCCUGGUGGCACGCUAUGGGCCAUCGUGUUGUCCGUACCAUGUACCCUGUCACUAAUAGCAUGGGCUGGGUGCAAUGACUGUAAUGAUGCUUUCGAGAUUCUCCUAGCGUGGUCGUUAGCGUUGGGACUCAACGGUGUUCUGACGGACAUGGUUAAAUUAAUUGUUGGACGACCCCGUCCAGAUUUCUUCUACCGAUGUUUCCCUGACGGCGUGGAGACCAAGUUCUUGCAGUGCACCGGGGAUCCCACUGAGAUUAUGGAGGGACGGAAGUCUUUCCCGAGUGGACACAGCAGCUUAUCGUUCUGUUCCCUCGGGCUGGCGUCCGCAUGGCUGUGCGGGCGGCUGGGCGUGUUGUCCCGCCGGCGCGGCAGCGGGCUGCGCGUGACGGCGUGUCUGCUGCCGCUCAUGCUGGCCACCUGCGUGGCUCUGUCACGCAGCUGCGACUACCAUCAUCACUGGCAGGAUAUCCUCGUCGGAUCUAUCUUGGGAUACAUCGUGGGAAUAUUCUGUUACCGACAGUACUACAACCCGUUAUCCUCGGAUCUCGCCGGCGUGCCAUACAUAGUGUCAAGUGUCAACUCUGCCAAAUUCUUCAACGGAAAACCCGAAAGUCCCGUCAAAGAUAUCAAAGAAGAAUCGACCCCGCUACUGAACGGAAAGAAGGACGACAAGUGGAUCUAAUUUUGACGACUGGCAGAAAAAGUACCAGUUCGCAAAACUUUAGUACCAGGUAUGAGGAGAACGCCGUCUUUUUGUAGAUUCGUUUUAUGUCUUCGAGACGGUACUUUGAGGCAUGUUGAUGUCUUUUUACUUUCGGUACUAAAAGUACCGUACUGAAAUUUGAUAAGUACAUGAUUGUUAUGUAUAUGAAUUUUUGAUGUUGCUUUUGAAAAGUACGCGCUUCGAUUCCCGUUUUGGGCACAUUCCAGAAAUAUGUAGUGAUGAUAAGCAUUUAUAUAAAUUAGUCAGAUUUUAAUUAUGGCUAUUUUCACUGAUGCUUUGAGUAUCAAAAUUAGAUUUCAAAAUGGCGUUUUUUAAUCAUAUUUUUCGGUCUUCCUACAAUUUUUUUAAAAGUGAUGCAACUCUCGACGCGUUUUAUCCUUAGAUCGGUGAAGACUUACCUCCUCAAAUAUCACGUAAAGGCAUCGAGAUGCUAAAACAUGCCUCUCAAAACUGUCCCAGUACGGAUAGCCGAGUGGUUGAGGUCACCACGCCAAUGCCACUGAGCGCGACGUGUUAGUUCGAU